AUGCGCACAAGUAACCUCAAGGGACGACCCAUCCCACCUAUGCGGCAGCCGCAAGGUCCCGACCCUUCUGGCAGCGCCGGCUUUGCCGCCCGAAGGGGGGUUCUAAGGCGGGAAGUGCCAAGCUACUCGUCGAAGCUGCACAUACGGAAGCAACGGGGGGUUGCUCCAGUCAGUUCGCCCCCUACAGCUCUCAACGGCCGCUCGUUCGCUGCCUGGGGGCCAACGACACCCCCAUCCAACAGCGAGUGGUCACUGCCUACCGCGGGGAGAACCUCGGCGCUGCCUGAACAAUACAUCACCACGUUCGCCGCCGCCGCGAAUGACGAGGUUCCCUUUGACAUUUAG